GCAGCAGCCGAUCCCCGGCCGCGGCGGAGGUUGCGGCUCCGACGGGACCAGGAGCGCGCGUCGCGGCGGGGGCCUCCCGGGCCUUCCCGUUCUCGGCGAAGCGGCGGGCCGGGACCCCAUGAGACGCGCCCGCGAGGGGCGCGAGAUCCGAAGCCCGGGCGGCGCGCGGCGGAGGCGGAGGGCGGUGCUGCAGCUGCCGGAGCCCGAGAGCUGCCGGCAGGCGGCGGCGAGAACUUGAACUUGGCGUCUGGAGCGGGCGCCCCGGACGCCCCUCGCCGGGGGGCCGGGGCGCCGAGGGACCUGGGCGGCAGCGCUGCCCUCCGGAUGGCCGCGGCAGCGGACCCGGCACCCGCGCCGCGGCCCUAGGCGGCCUCUCGCCAUGGCCAAGUGGCUGAACAAGUACUUCAGCUUGGGCAGCAGCAAGACCAAGAGCCCCCCACAGCCGCCGCGGCCGGACUACCGAGAGCAGCGGCGCCGGGGCGAGCGGCCCUCGCAACCCCCGCAGGCCGUGCCGCAAACGGCUUCGGCGUCCUGCGGUCCGGCCGCCGCCUCUUGCUUCUCAGCCUCGUCGGGCUCGCUGCCCGACGACAGCGGCAGCACGAGCGACCUUAUUCGCGCCUACCGCGCGCAGAAGGAGCGCGACUUCGAGGACCCCUACAACGGGCCCGGCUCGUCGCUGCGCAAACUGCGCGCCAUGUGCCGCCUGGACUACUGCGGCGGCGGCGGCGGGGAGCCAGGCGGGGGCCAACGCGCCUUCUCCGCCUCGUCCGCGUCGGGCGCCGCGGGCUGCUGCUGCGCCUCCUCCGGCGCCGGCGCCGCCGCGUCUUCGUCGUCGUCCUCCGGCUCCCCGCACCUCUACCGGAGCAGCAGCGAGCGGCGGCCAGCCACGCCGGCCGAGGUGCGGUACAUCUCCCCCAAGCACCGGCUCAUCAAAGUGGAGAGCGCCGCGGGCGGCGGCGCGGGGGACCCUGCGGGGGGCGCCUGCUCCGGCGGCCGCACCUGGAGCCCCACGGCCUGCGGGGGCAAGAAGCUGCUCAACAAGUGCUCCGCCGCGGCCGCCGACGAGAGCGGAGCCGGCAAGAAAGACAAGGUGACCAUAGCUGAUGACUACUCGGAUCCCUUUGAUGCCAAGAACGAUCUCAAAAGCAAAGCGGGAAAGGGUGAGAGUGCUGGCUACAUGGAGCCCUACGAGGCCCAGAGGAUCAUGACAGAAUUCCAGCGGCAGGAAAGCGUCCGCUCCCAGCACAGAGGCAUCCAACUGUACGACACCCCUUAUGAGCCCGAAGGCCAGAGUGUCGACUCGGACUCAGAGAGCACCGUCAGUCCCCGGCUGCGCGAGAGCAAGCUGCCCCAGGAUGAUGACAGGCCUGCCGACGAGUAUGACCAGCCCUGGGAGUGGAACCGGGUCACCCUCCCUGCCCUGGCAGCCCAGUUCAACGGCAACGAGAAACGACAGUCAUCCCCUUCACCUUCCCGGGACCGGCGACGUCAGCUUCGUGCCCCUGGAGGAGGCUUCAAGCCCAUCAAACAUGGCAGCCCUGAGUUCUGCGGGAUCCUGGGUGAGAGAGUAGACCCCACCGUCCCACUCGAGAAGCAAAUAUGGUAUCACGGAGCCAUCAGCAGAGGAGACGCUGAGAACCUGCUGCGACUGUGCAAGGAGUGCAGCUACCUUGUCCGGAACAGCCAAACCAGCAAGCACGACUACUCCCUCUCCCUGAAGAGUAAUCAGGGUUUCAUGCACAUGAAACUGGCCAAAACCAAAGAGAAGUACGUCCUGGGCCAGAACAGCCCACCGUUUGACAGUGUCCCGGAAGUCAUCCACUACUACACCACCCGGAAGCUGCCCAUCAAAGGUGCGGAGCACCUGUCCCUCCUCUACCCAGUGGCCGUGCGGACCCUGUGAGCAGAGCGGCCCCGGGUGGGGGCUGGGACCCCGCAGCCGCCCGCCUGCCUGCCUGCCUGCUGCCAGUGACCAGUCUGUGUCAUGUGUAUGGUACCACUGCGUGUCCCCAGAAGGCUGUCGCCACUCAGCACUCGGCCGGGGCUGGGGAAGAAGGCCUAGUU